CAAACACCCUUAUUUUUGACCUUGAAAGUCACGUGAUAAUAGGUUGUAAAUAUGAAAAUUUUAGUGAACCACGUGUAAAUUAGGGAGAUAAAUAUGUUAUAAAUGAGGACAAGCAGUAUGUAGGAAAGUGAAAAACCACUUAAUAAAUGAUGAGGCGGAGCUAUCCAGUAUAUAUAUGUGAUGACAUUAGGAUGCAGUAAUGUCUUGUUGUGUAUAUUGUGGGACAAGUGAAACAUGCUGGAUUAUCAAAUGUCACUCUUACUUGUUGUGAUAGUUGCUGUGUGUAGUUGCCGAUCCAUUGACAUGGUACAGGUUGACAACAUCUUGGCGCACACACCUGGAACAUCAUCACUCAGUUCUGACCAUUACAGCUACUGUAACCAUCAUAAAUCUGUCACCGCGGACGAAGGUACAGUUUUUGCUGGGUACAGCUUACUGCAGGUUCACAUUGUGCUUUCUCCAGGUCAAAGUGAUGCAUCAUCCAAGGUCAAAGUUCAAGGUCAAAGCUUUCCACCAAUGUCUUGUGAUUUUGAACAUUCUCACACGUUAAAUGAUUUCGUAGCAAUGACAAGUGUAUAUACAGAUGCUAGUCGUAAUCAUCAGUUGCAUCAUCUUCAUCCAACGUUCCCAAAGGUUUGUGCCAACGAUCACCUCACCUCUACAGGAUUCAAGCAGCUAAUUUCUAUUGGGCAGUCUCUGAAUACCUCAUAUUUUAGCAACAGAGUACAUAAAAAGUUGAAGCCAAAAUAUUCCUCUAUUCGUGUUGAAUCUGUAUCUACAGAAAAGUCAUAUCAAAGUGUUCUUGGAUUUUUGUAUGGUUUCUUAGAGGAGAAACAAUUGUAUAAAACAAAAAUUCAUAAAGUGAACAGAAAUUUCUGUGAAUUUGUAGAAUCAGACUUACCGUCUUGCCACUGUUCAAAGACACGAGCAUUAGCUCCACAUGUUUCUCAGGCACUGACUAAAGGAACAUUCUUGUUCAAAUCUUCAUUUCCAAACAAUGAUAUAAUCACUAAAGUCUUUCAAACAGAUAUUUCUGACCAAACAUCAGGUUUAGAACUUUUCAAUGUUCUUAUGCAGUACAAGUGUGAUAGUAGAGAUGAACCGUGCGAAAAGGACGCACUUUGUAACCUGUUUGAAGAAGAUAAGCUUGCGCGAUUGCACAAUAUUCUUGCUGACCAUCAUCUCUCCUUGAAAACAGACACCAUAUUUCGUACAUAUUCUGAACUGCGUGCGUAUCCAUUCCUGCAGCAGAUUUUAUCUAGAGCCAAUUUGCACAAUGAGCACCAGUCUAUCAAUGUAUACACGGGACACAGUCAUUUCAUACAGUUUCUAACAACCAGUCUUGGUGUCUUUAGAAGACAGAUAACACCACUUGCUUCAAGGUUAGUGAUUGAGAUGUACAAGAAGAAUCAGGGCCAGCCAGAUGAGGGUGGCCUGUAUUUGAGGUUCCUCUAUAAUGGUGCUGAUGUAACUAGAGAGAUCAGUGGCUGUACAUUCCAGAUGGAAAACAACCUUUGCAAGAUAGCAGGCCUGAAGGAGCUCGUAGCAGCUCUAAGGAAACAGUACCUGGAUCAGUGUUAGUUUGUUGAGUAUAUGCACCGGUAAUAUAAGGUAAACGCUGCAAGUUGAAUCUCGAAGAGGAACGUUCCACCACCAGAGUAUUAUAGAGCAGUAAUUUGAUGUAUAAGAAUGUCAGUGAUCACCAUACUCAUCAGUGUCACAUUGAUUUCAAUUAGUGUGACACUGGUGCAAGACCACCGGUAAUUAUGACAUUGAUAGGUAUAAGAUGAAUAUUUUAAAUGAUAUUAAAAAAUCAAAAGCCACAACUUAAAGAAUGUUAAGAAUAUUGAUAUUGUAUAGUAUUAGAACACCAAUAAGUGUGACCACGAUACAAGAUACACAAUUUUGGUAAUAGUCUGGCAUAAGUGCAGACAACAUUAGCAGCUAUGUAUAGCUAUUGUCCAAUUUCAACAAAUGUCACAAAUUAUACAUUCCUAGCGCAUAAUUAUAUAAUUACUGAACAAAACAGCUAACCUGCCAUUUUCUAUUUUUCCGAUGUCUUAAAAACUGUUGAAAAUAUAUUUUUUUAAAUUAAGCAUUCUUUUAGAUCAACAUGUUAUUGAUAAAAUUUCAAAUUUCAAAAAUAUCAAUUCAGGCAAAGGUUUUAUAGUAUUCAUUUUACUACAACACCCCACUUUAAAAGUCACAAAAAUACACUGAAUAGUUGUGAUUUCAGAAAACAAGAGAAUAUUAUAAGAAUGCAGAGGUGUAGAUUUUUAGUUUUUACUAGAAAAUGGUUAAUGAUUUUCUCUUUUUUUUUUUAGCUCACCUGUCACAAAGUGACAAGGUGAGCUUUUGUGAUCGCGCGGUGUCCGUUGUCCGUCGUCAGUCCGUGCGUGCAUGCGUCCGUAAACUUUUGCUUGUGACCACUCUAGAGGUCACAUUUUUUGUGGGAUCUUUAUGAAAAUUGGUCAGAAUGUUCAUCUUGAUGAUAUCUAGGUCAAGUUCGAAAGUGGGUCACGUGCCAUCAAAAACUAGGUCAGUAGGUCUAAAAAUAGAAAAACCUUGUGACCUCUCUGGAGGCCAUGUAUUUCACAAGAUCUUCAUGAAAAUUGGUCAGAAUGUUCACCUUGAUGAUAUCUAGGUCAAGUUCGAAACUGGGUCACGUGCCUUCAAAAACUAGGUCAGUAGGUCUAAAAAUAGAAAAACCUUGUGACCUCUCUAGAGACCAUAUAUUUCACAAGAUCUUCAUGAAAAUUGGUCAGAACGUUCACCUUGAUGAUAUCUAGGUCAAGUUCGAAACUGGGUCACGUACCUUCAAAAACUAGGUCAGUAGGUCAAAUAAUAGAAAAACCUUUUGACCUCUCUAAAGGCCAUAUUUUUCAUGGGAUCUGUAUGAAAUUUGGUCUGAAUGUUCAUCCUGAUGAUAUCUAGGCCAAGUUCGAAACUGGGUCACGUGCGGUCAAAAACUAGGUCAGUAGGUCUAAAAAUAGAAAAACCUUGUGACCUUUCUAGAGGCCAUAUAUUUCACAAGAUCUUCAUGAAAACUGGUCAGAACGUUCACCUUGAUGAUGUCUAGGUCAAGUUUGAAACUGGGUCACGUGCCAUCAAAAACUAGGCCAGCCGGUCAAAAAAUAGAAAAACCUUGUGACCUCUCUAGAGGCCAUAUUUUUCAUGGGAUCUGUAUGAAAGUUGGUCUGAAUGUUCAUCUUGAUGAUAUCUAGGUCAAGUCCGGAAGUGGGUCAUGUGCCAUCAAAAACAAGGUCAGUAGGUCAAAUAAUAGAAAAACCUUGUGACCUCUCUUAAGGCCAUAUUUUUCAAUGGAUCUUCAUGAAAGUUGGUCUGAAUGUUCACCUUGAUGAUAUCUAGGUCAAGUUCGAAACAGGGUCAUGUGCGGUCAAAAACUAGGUCAGUAGGUCUAAAAAUAGAAAAACCUUGUGACCUCUCUAGAGGCCAUACUUGUGAAUGGAUCUCCAUAAAAAGUGGUCAGAAUGUUCAUCUUGAUGAUAUUAAGGUCAAGUUCAAAAGUGGGUCACGUGCCAUCAAAAAGUAGGUCAGUAGGUCAAAUAAUGAAAAAACCUUGUGACCUCUCUAGAGGCCAUAUUUUUCAUGGGAUCUGUAUGAAAGUUGGUCUGAGUGUUUAUCUUGAUGAUAUCUAGGUCAAGUUUGAAACUGGGUCAACUGCGAUCAAAAACUAGGUCAGUAGGUCCUGAAAUAGAAAGACCUUGUGACCUCUCUAGAGGCCAUACCCUUGAAUGGAUCUUCAUGAAAAUUGGUCAGAUUGUUCACCUUGAUGAUAUCUAGGUCAAGUUUGAAACUGGGUCAUGUGCCUUAAAAAACUAGGUCAAUAGGUCAAAUAAUAGAAAAACCUUGUGACCUCUCUAGAGACCAUAUUUUUCAAUGAAUCUUCAUGAAAAUUGGUCAGAAUUUUUAUCUUGAUAAUAUCUAUGUCAAGUCCAAAACUGGGUCACAUGAGCUAAAAAACUAGGUCACUAUGUCAAAUAAUAGAAAAAACGACGUCAUACUCAAAACUGGAUCAUGUGGGAAGAGGUGAGCGAUUCAGGACCAUCAUGGUCCUCUUGUUUAGUAUUAAUUUUGUUUCUCUACAAAAAUGUCAGAUGAUGGGAUAACAUCUCAAAUUUGAAAGAAUGAAAGAAUAUUAUAUAUCUAAUUUACAUUAACUGCAGAGAUUAACACCAUUUGAG